GCGUCGUAUCGAGAGCGACCGAGAGCGAGGAUGUAAUGGCCGACUUCGCGAUUCACUUAUCACUUCCCUAACUUCAUGAUUGUUGUGUGCGGCAUUUGUUUGCGCUGAAGUUCGUCUCUAAUGAGUUUCGUUAUCGUUGUUACUACUGUUGUUUCCCAUAUGUACAAAAAUUUCGGUGCUAUCUAGUUUUGUUCAACGUAAUGCGACGACGACGACGACGACGAUAAUCGACGAGUAAACAUUCCGUGGGAAACGGUCGACUCGCGGUGGAGGAGACAACAUGACAUUGUUCCGUACCCGUAGUACCCGGACACGUUCACGCGAUUUUACUGAUUUUUCUGAUUGAUCGUCAGGUUAGAUUCUUUUCUAACGGAAACCGGCUUCUGUUAUUUCUUUUUGUUUUUAACUAAACCUAAGACAGGAAUAGGCGAACUUAAGAAAACGUUUGGUUAGAGUAGGGUGAUAACGAAAAAGAAGGGCAAGGGCAGAAAGGGUCGGUCGGGCUAAGGUCACUCGCGUGAGAAUCCGCGGAAUAACGAGACAGAGAUCGUAAUGGGAUCGUUGAACCUCGUUUGUCCCAUGUGCUGUGGUGAAACUUUUAACAAUCCACAGUCGUUAAAGUACCAUUUGUUGAGCAUGACGGACAACCUAUACUGUCCUGGUUGUUCGCAGCGAUCUGACUCGGUAAUGGCACUCAUUCAACAUUUGGAUCAAUGCGGACAGAGUAUGGACGCUGACCAGGCAUCUCCUGAAGUCAAAGACGAGCACUCUGGUCAACAAGAAGAGGCUCAACAGCAGGAGUCCGAAACCGAAACAGAGGUCUUAAUGGACACGAAUGUCGAAGGCAUAGAUCAAAGUUUCUUGGCAACGGUAAACGACAGUGGAAUUAUGAUAGUAGGCGGACCUCAAACCAUACAAGUCGAUGAAAACGGCGACAUUAAAGUUGUGGAAAAGAUGAUGAUGGAUACCGAAGAGACGCCUCAGGUACAGCGGAAUUCGUUGCAGUUCAAGAUGGAAAAAGUUCCUAACAUCGUCACCGCCGCCGCUACUAAUAAAGAGGAAAAGAAAUCUUUCGGCACUAAAACGAAUCGACUGGUAACGAUUUCGACCGAAUCAGAUGUGAUGGAUGACAAAGAAGACAGAAAUACAGAUGUAAUUACUAUUUUACCCGAUGGAUCCGAGCUGCUCAAUGCUGCUGCUGCUGCUGCUGCUGCUGACAGUGCUGGUACUCUCAUAAACAUGGAUCAUAUAAAUGAUGUAGGAGAAUUAGACGAGGAUGGAUUGUUACGCGUUAAACAAGAACUGUGCGAGAUAGAACCAGAAGCAGUUUAUAGUUGUACCAGCUGCGACAUAAGUUUUAACUCGGUCGUUGAACAUAUAAAGCAGUUUCACGAUGGGCAAGAAGUAUUACUCGAGAUAGCCGAUCAGUUGGACGAUAUACCCACGACGGCGAUUCCUGCCGCCGCCGCCGCCGCGAUUACAAAUGCAUCGAUGUCCUCGGAAUCGGCGAGCGCGGCGGCGGCGGCGGCGGCGGCGGUAAAUAGUAGUAGACAAAGACAGAGUAUGAAUACCCUUCGUACAGAGGAAUGCGUGGACAGCGAAGGAAGAUUAUACACGAGAAAGGUAGUACAAAUAGAAAGAUUCUGGGAUAGAGCACCGACGGCGCAAACGUCGCUUCAAUCGGCGGCCAAAUCACCGAUGAUCGAAAAGUUUUUUUCUAACGCCGAAGGAGUCAAAGUACGCGAAAAAAGAUUGGCCACUGCACCGAUGAGGAUGUACAGAUGUAAUCAAUGCCUUCAACAAUUCUCCAAGUUGGGGAACUUUCGGGUGCACGCGUGUCUUCACGGUAACAAUCGUUGCCAUAGCUGCGAUCAGACUUUCGCGACACCGAAGGCGUUGCAGCUGCACGCGAAGGUGCACGAGGGCGAGCCGGACCCGAGUCAGAAAACGUUCAUCUGCGAGACCUGUGGCACGGAGUUUUGUUCACAUAAGAGUUUGCGGUUGCACUCUCGGAUGCAUGCUCCGGUCAGGGCGCGACACGUCGAUGCCCCCGAAGGAACGCCCAACGCGACUUUCACGUGUCCCGAGUGUGGUAAGACGUUAGCGGAAUCUUACAAAGAAGCGCACAUGGCGCUGCACUCCGGCGACUCCGUGACCUGUACGGUGUGCAAUAGAAAAUUCGAUUCAGCCGAUAGCUUAGCGAUGCACGCUGCUGUGCACACGGAAUUAAGUCAGCCGCCGCCGCAUUCACCGACACCGCCUUCUACAGAGACCGCCGCCGCCGCAGCCGCCGCAUCGGCCAAUUCUACCCAGGAAUCCGCCACGGAGAAUCAAAAGCCGUAUCAGUGCCAGCACUGCGGUCGACGUUUCACGAGACCUCACGAGAAAGUUAAACACGAACGUAUACACACCGGGGAAAAACCGCACGCGUGCGAAGUCUGCGGCAAGACGUUCCGCGUUUCCUACUGUCUGACGCUGCACAUGAGGACUCACACCGGCGUCAGACCGUACGGAUGCCAGCACUGUGGCAAGCGGUUUAAGGCAUCGUCAGUGUACAAUCAUCAUUUGCUCACACACGGCGAGGAACGCGCUUACACGUGUCCGUAUUGCCCGAAGACGUUCAAAACGCGGGUCCAAUUGGCCGGCCACAAGAACAGUCACACGAAGCCGUUUCGGUGUACCGAGUGUUCUCGACCGUUCGCUUCUCUGUAUGCUGCGCGGGCUCACAUACAGACACACAAGAAGGACAAUAACUUGAAGUUCAGCUGUUACAUCUGUGGCGCGUCGUAUGGCAGGGCGUUCGCGUUGAAAGAUCACCUGAAGCAACACGGCCAAGACGUUUUGGCGCCGCCGGAACCAUCCGCCGCCGCCGCCGCUGCCAGGGAAGAAGAGAUCCAUGAACCGGAGGAGCAGGAGGACUUCUUGUUGGCCGAGGAGGAAGUCGAGGACGACGAGCUCAUUAUUCCGUCGCCAUUACCCGUUACCGCCGCCGCCGCUGUCAUCGCACAGUCGUCCGAAGCGGACGACACGGAAUGAGAGACAUGAAAUAAGCUAGUCAAAUAAAGUUCGUUACAAGUUCGAAUGAGUUCGGUGCAAAACGGUUGGUCGACUUCGUUGAUUGAGCGAUUAAUUUUACUUCGAAGCGAACCUGUUAGCUACUACAACUACUCACGUCAAAUCGGAAGAAUCCUGAAAGAAAUACAUCAUGGUAAAUUUGUUUGAGGAAAUCGUUCGAGCUCUAUAAGUCUUGCCUAUUAUAUACUGUACUUCGCCCGAUGGAUGACUGAACUACAUUACUUAUUUAUUACGGACGGAUAUAAUCAUAUUUAUUUAUUCCACGCGAAUUCAAGUAUAAUAAUUUUGCAUGAAAAUGAAACCUCGAUAAAUAAUACAUACCCCGGUAAAUAAUACAUACAUAGUUAUACAGAAAUAACUAUACCAACUACUGUUUCGAUGAGCACAGGCAGUUUGAAUAUUUUCACUGUCAUCCUUUGUUAUUUUCAUCUGAAAGUAAUAAUUAUUAUUCGACAAUUCUUGCGUAUGAAAUCAUUUUUCAUAAUAAAUGGAAGCAAUGGAGUCGACUCGGUGUUCGCACCGAACCCUACACAAUUGUACUUCGAAUAUCGCGUUCAAUACGCAGCGGAUAAGACAUGAUUCUACAUUAUUUUAAUUACAGUUAUUGUUCGAAAAACUAAGUGCUGCUCGUUAGUCGAUUUUUAUUCGUGCGUCGUGUUUUAGGUUUUUGCGUUGAACGGGCAAACGUUGCUCAUAAGUGUCACACACAAUUUGCAGUUACCGUAUAGUGAGACGUAUUAAAAAAACAAUAACGAAUUUUUACGCUGGCAAAUAAUUUUGUUGAUACCUUUGAGCGUCUGUAUAAUGGCAUGGGAAAUGGAAGCACGACGAUAUUGAUCGUCUCGAGUUCGACGCGCUACGAGCCGCUGCUGCUGACUACGAACACGGAUAGUAUUUGUAAAUGUAAAUAAUGAAUGAUUAAUUUGAGAGAAUAAAUAUUCUCGUACGUAUCACCACAAGUGGGAUGGAGGACGUUAAACACCAGAGACUAGCGAUUCAUACGUACGCAUAGUUUUGUCGUGUCUGCUGCUGCUGCUGAUACAUACUGUGAAGAUGAAAGAAAGUUGCACGAUGUUAUAUUUAAUUUAUGAAUUCCAUUCUUGUUUCGACGAUUGACGAGUUACGUAUUUGGUGUUUUACGAUCGAGUUGCGACUUCAACAAUUGGUUCGUACCACCCCCACCCACCUUCUCGAUUGUUUAUAUGAAAUUGGAAAAACGUAUAAUAAAGAAAGAGUUUAUACACGAAGAAAAUUUAGUCUGUUUUAACUGAAACAGGAAACCGCUUUCAGCAGACACACAUUUGUACCUGUUAAAAUUAAUUUAAGUUCUGUGUGUUGAACUGUUUGUAAUAAAACAUGGAUGCAUUGGCGAUGAUCAAACGCGUUUAGUAAUCGCAAUUACAUUUUAUUUCUUCAAAUUUCUUUUUUCUCGAUUUUAUCACGAACCAUUAUAUUCGAGGCAGCAGAAUCGUUACGAAUGUAAAUUUUAUACAUUUCAUACUCUUCGAAAAGGAGAAAGAGGCGGACGACGGAGAAUAAAAUGGUUCCGUCGAGUACAAAUCGCACAAAUAAUCGGAUCGAAUGUAGUACAUACGUAUAUGUACAUAGACACAGAAUCGUCGUAUAGAGCGCGUCAAUAAAUUAUUUUUAUUUA